AUGUCUUCAUUGCCACGUAACCCCAAUCCCAAUCCGCCCGAUGGCGAAACUUCGGUCAACAUUUACGGCUACACGCCCUGGCUUGCGCUCUGCAUCUUUUCGGCGGCCUUUUUUGGCGUUGCGCUGUUCUUGCAUGCUGGAUACGCUGUUUCUGCUGCUCGUCGGCGCGAAAAAGUCCCGGCUGCUUCCUAUGAAGAUCAGAUGGGGACAAAGCGUAUUGAUUCCGAGCCUGAGGGCACCAUCAACGCCGGCGUGACAACUUUUGAGGUUCCGUUCUGCGUAGGCUGUGCGCUCGAGGUCGUCGGCUACGCCUUCCGUACAGCCAGCAGUCGUAACCCUUUCGUCCUGACCAGCUUCAUCCUCAACUACUUUAUGAUUGUCGUCGCACCGGUCUUCUUCUCGGCCUCCCAGUACUACUGUCUGAGCCUGCUGCUGCAACGCCAUCCGUCCUACACGAGCCUCGUACCGCUGUCCGGCAAGGCCAUCGUGGCCACCUUUGUGACGGCCGAUGCAGUGACCAUCGUAAUGCAAAUCGCCGGCGCAGCACUGGUGGGUGUGGCGGAGUCCGAUCGAGCCUCAGGCAAGGUGCCACCGCUUACGCCUGCCCAGGCUAAUGACAUUCUUCGAGCCGGUCUGGCGGUACAGGUAUUCUCGAUCACCAUAUUCCUCUUGUUGCUCGCCCUGCUGUUCUGCAAAGUGACGCGGCGGGGUUCGAUCAACACCGCAUCACCCGAUGCCUGGCGUCGCCGUGCCCUGCUUGCCGUGCUGGCUCUCUCUACCGUCUUCAUCUACCUCCGCACCGUGUUCCGUCUAGCCGAAGCAGCCAGCGGCGUCACAUCAGGCAUUACGCUCAACCAAGCCCUCUUUGUCGCACUCGAGACCGUGCCGGUGUUUGUCGCCGUGUUACUGUGGACUGUACUGCCCUUGCACGUGUUGCUACGCUAG